AUGUAUAUCCUACAAGACAUUGAGGGUAAGGGUAAAGGGCUUGUCGCAACCAAGAAUAUCGCCAAAGGUACCCGAAUCAUUUCGGAACGUCCGGUUGAGUCCCUCGAUGAAUAUGAACGACAAUCAUUCCUCCCCCUGCACGAUAUGUAUCCCUACGAAGAAAACGUUAAGCAGUUUUUUAGUAUUAUUCGAACGAACGCCCUUCCUAUUGAGGAAAACGGCACUGCGGGUGGAAUCUUUCUCGAAGCCUGUCGCAUCAACCAUUGCUGCAAUAAUAAUGUACAAAAGCAUUGGAAUAAACGUAUUGGGCGGCACACUGUGCAUGCUUCAAGGGACAUCGUCGAGGGUGAGGAUAUUACGAUAUACUACCUGGAUCUCGACGGUAUCCGUGAUGUUCACCGCCAAAAGCUGCAGGACAAGCUUGGGUUCUUGUGUGCAUGCUGUGUUUGCUCCUUGCCAGCAGAGGAGAGCGAGGAAAAUGAUCAACGCUUGAAGAGGAUUCAAUACCUGGAUGACCUCGUUGGCCGCGAAUGCAUGGCAAUGAACUUUUCCGAACGAGUCCUUCGCUAUGUGGACGAACACAUCCAACUUCAUGAUAGACAAGGGCCAGAUGAUGCUGGUUUACCGAGGGCAUAUCUCGAUGCUGCUCAGAUCGCUAUCGCCAAUGGUGACCUUGCGAGAGGACGAAUAUUUGCGGAAAGAGCAGUAAAGGCAUGGCGCAUAGCUUCCGGUCCCGACAGCAGCGAGGUGAUCGAGUACGCGGCAUUAGCACGAAACCCCGCUACGCUUUCGCUCUAUGGUUUAUCAAUGAAAUGGAAGAUGUCAUUGAAAGAUGUUCCUUCGCAGUUUCAUUCUACAGACUUCGAGCACUGGCUUUGGAGAAGAGAUAAACCAAAGGAGAUACACCAAUCGGGACAAUUGACAAGUCUUCGCAAUCAAACAUUUUUUCCUAACUUCUCCGCUCUUCCAUACAGCAGCUUAAGUUCUCCAGGGCUUCAUCGAGACACUAAAGACCCCUAUCAACCCAUGCGUCAUUGGUGCUUCCUGGGAGAAAUUACCAAUUCCAUCACGCUCCAUCAUUUCGAGCUGGAGCUUGCGGAUAUCAACGACAAAAGAAUAUCUCUACACUUCAAUACGAUUGGUCGAGGCAGUGAACUUGAUAUAGCGAGUGUUCAAAACGGGUGUACCGUCGCAGUUCUGUAUGCGGAACGCCACACGUUUACAUACGGAGACACUGGCAUCAAACUCCAAGACCCACAAAUGCUGAAGAUCUUUCCAAUAGCGUUGGAUAAGUUGUUGGAACUAAGUGACCGGAUUCAACAGUACUCAGGUGCCAUGAACCAGAUCAAAAUGUGCCAUCGGUGCGACAACAAGACCAUAUUACUGAAUCGAUGUGGAAAAUGUUCUUUGUUUUGGUACUGCGACUAUGCCUGCCAAAAGACUGGGUGGGUCGAGAGGGCCCAUAAGACAGAUUGUAGAAUUUUGAGAGAUCCCGAUCUACGUGGGUUCAUCACCCUGGGAUAG